AUGGAGUUUAAAAAUUCAGAAAAAAGUGUAAUUAUUGAUGGCGAUGGUGAUAAAAAUGAUUCCAAAAUUACUUUGUCAAGUGAAGAAAUUAGUCGAUAUAGUAGGCAAAUGCUAUUGAAAGAUUUUAGCGUAGAAGGACAAGAAUUGUUAAAAAGGUCUUCAGUAUUAAUAGUAGGAGUUGGAGGUUUAGGUUGUCCUUCAAGCGUUUACUUAGCUGGUAGUGGUAUUGGUCGUAUAGGUUUGGUCGAUUAUGAUGAAGUAGAAGUUAAUAAUUUACAUAGACAAAUUUUACAUACCACAAAUAAUGUGGGUAUGAAAAAAGUUGAUUCUGCAGCAAUUUUUUUAAGAAACUUAAAUCCGUUAAUUACAGUACAAACUUAUCCUACAUUAUUAAAUAGUUCAAAUGCUCUCGACAUAAUAUCAGACUAUGAUGUCAUUGUUGAUGCAACAGAUAAUGUCGCAACUCGUUACUUAUUAAAUGAUGCCUGUGUUUUAUCUAAAAAACCAUUAAUAUCCGGAAGUGCUCUUCAAAUGGAAGGACAACUUACAAUUUAUAAUUAUGAACUGGGUCCUUGCUACAGAUGUUUAUUUCCUGUUCCUCCUCCUCCAGAAACAGUUACAAAAUGCAGCGAUGGUGGAGUUUUAGGUGUUAUCCCUGGAACGAUUGGCGUUCUUCAAGCUUUAGAAACUAUCAAGUUAAUUUUAAAACAAAAAACUAUAAAUGGUUACUUGUUACUUUUUGAUGGUAAUGAUUCAUGUAUUAGAAAAGUAAAACUAAGGGGAAAAAAUCUUAAUUGUGAAGUUUGUGGAAAAAAUCCAAUCAUAACUGAAUUAAUUGACUAUGAGCAAUUUUGCCAAAGUAAAUCUAAUGACAAGUACAAUACUUUAUCAUUACUGCCAAACUGUAAAAGAAUAACUGUUGCAAAUUAUAGUGAAGAUAGAAAAAAACCUCAUAUUUUGGUAGAUGUCAGAAACCCUCAAGAAUAUGCAAUAUGCAAAUUAGAUAAUUCAAUUAAUCUUCCAAUAGACAAAAUAAAUUCAAAAGAAAGUAUUGAAAAAAUAAGCAAUGAGAUAAACAAACAGCGAGAACAAGUACCAAUUUCCAAAAGAAAAUAUAAAAGAUAUAAUAGGCGGUUUACAAUCAUGGGCAAAAGAAAUUAA